CACAAAAGUAUUGUCAUUUUAGAAGUUCGAUUUAUUUUGGUGCUUGAAAUUGAAGUGAAAGACUUUGAACCGAGUUGAGUUCAAUAUUGGAUUCAUAAAAUAAAAUUGACUGGUUGUUUCAUCCCAUAAAUGCAUACAUAAGUAGUUGCAGACUUGCAGGUCUGACUUUUAUCUACCACAUAAUUUUUUUUCAAGAAUUUUUCACAGCCAAUUCUACCCAAUUAUUAUAAAAAUCGGAUCUUUUCUUUAGUAUAUAAAUUAAUGACGAGGGUUUUUCAGUAUAUAAUUGUUGUCUCAACUCUCAGUAGCUCUCACCCACCACAAAUAGGUAGUUUGGCGCGUGCUGGGUGGUGGUAGGUGGGGAAAAAUGUCUUCCCACGGCGACCCUGAGGCGGCGCAGGCACCCCUUUUGUCACGGAAGCCGCUGCCUCAAGCGGCGGCGGCCGAGGCGCGGUGGUGGGGCAGGGCCAUCGACGUGGAGGAGGCCAAGGGGCAGGUGCUGUUCGCGCUGCCGAUGAUACUGACCAACGUUUCGUACUACUUCAUCCCGCUCGUCUCGGUCAUGUUCGCCGGCCACCUCGGAGACCUCGAGCUCGCCGGCUCCAACCUCGCCAACUCGUGGGCCGCCGUCUCUGGUUUUGCCCUCAUGGUCGGCUUGAGUGGUGCUCUCGAGACGCUAUGCGGACAAGGGUACGGUGCAAAAAUGUAUAGAAUGCUCGGAAUAUACCUCCAAGCUUCCUGCAUAAUCACUAUAAUCUUCACAGUCAUAGUAUCCGUAAUCUGGUGGUACUCGGACAUUAUUCUAACAUUACUCCAUCAAGAUCCUCAAAUCGCAAAAGCAGCCGGUCUCUAUUUAAGGUAUCUCAUCCCAGGACUUGUGGCUUACGGCUUCUUGCAGAACAUUUUGAGGUUCCUCCAAACGCAGUCCGUCGUGAUGCCACUUGUCGUGUGCUCAUUGGUCCCUCUGGCGGCUCACAUUGGGAUUGCCUAUGGUUUGGUUCAUGGGACGUCACUUGGGUACAGUGGGGCCCCACUGGCAGCUUCGGUCUCGUUGUGGGUCUCGGUUGUUAUGUUGGGUUUUUAUGUGAUUAAGGACAAGAAGUUUAAGGAUACGUGGACUGGGUUUUCUUGGGAGUCGUUUGGAUAUGUGUGCUCGAAUUUCAAGUUGGCUUUGCCCUCGGCUGCCAUGGUAUGCCUCGAGUAUUGGGCUUUUGAGAUUCUCGUCUUGCUGGCCGGGUUGAUGCCGAACUCGGAAGUUUCAACUUCAUUAAUUGCAAUGUGUGUAAAUACAGAAGCCAUAAGCUACAUGGUCGCUUACGGUCUCAGUGCUGCUGCCAGCACGAGGGUGUCGAACGAGUUGGGUGCAGGAGAGCCUGACCGGGCCAAACGGGCCAUGGCCGUCACUCUUAAAUUGACCUUCAUUCUCGCCCUUUGUGUCGUCUUGGCAUUGUCGUUGGGCCACAACCUGUGGGCCCACAGCUUCAGCAAUAGCCCCAUCAUAAUCGAAGCCUACGCCUCCAUGACGCCAUUUCUCGUUUUAUCCAUUUUGUGCGAUUUCGUUCAAGGAAUCUUAUCAGGGGUGGCAAGAGGCUGUGGCUGGCAGCAUUUGGCAGUGUUUAUCAACUUGGGGACAUUCUAUCUCAUUGGCAUGCCCAUUGCUGGGCUGCUUGCUUUCAAGUUGGGCCUGUAUGCUAAGGGAUUAUGGAUUGGGUUGAUCUGCGGCCUGUUUGUCCAGAUGUUGGGCCUCUUGUUGCUCACGAAGUUUACAAAAUGGACAAGGGUAGAGUUGUCUAAUGGGCCUUGAUUACUUAAUCGUUUAUUUUGUAACAAACCUAAAUCAAAUGAUUUAAGCCGAAUUGUGUAUUCAUAUUUUUUUUUUCAGUACGCCAUUUUGUCGUUGAUAAUAUGAGAAUAAAUAAAAAAUAUGGUCAAUAAUCAAUAUUACUUGUUACCUCCAUUUCUUUUUUG